UACGUUUUUUUUAACGGUGUCCGAUUGUGCCAAGUCUCACAAUCGGACGGCGUACAAGCUCUAACAAAACGCGUGGAUUUCUUCGUUUACCCAUUAGGGUUCUAGCGAAGGGAUUUUGAUGCUCCGGACGGAUCUAGAUGCCCUACAUUGAGGGAAUCGGUGACGAGGUAGUCCUAGCGGCAGUGUUUGCCGCGCCGGCUGUGAUCGUCUACUGCUCUUCAGCUGGUGUGUUUGCUCGACUGAGAAAGGGAUUGCAGUCCCUAGGGGUGUGGAUCGUCCAAAUUUUCCAGAUUUCGACAGCACCGCCGCCGCUAGAUCAUCCGCCUAUUACCAUGGAGGCUCCGGACGAGAACGAUUGCUGCUCGGUUUGCCACGAUACUUUCAUGCUCCCUUGCCAAGCGAACUGUGCUCAUUGGUUUUGUGGGGAAUGCAUUCUCAGAGUCUGGCAACACAGUGCUGCUUUACAGCCUUGCAAAUGCCCGAUUUGUCGCAGGACGAUCAAUCUUUUGAUCCCGGGACGUGAGUAUCAAGAGCGAAACCGAGAUGCCGAGUCCGAGCGUUUGCUAAGAGAAAUCUCAAAGUAUAACCGGCUGUUUGGAGGAGCACCUUCCAGCGUGAUUCAGCGUUUAAGAGACAUGCCUUUGCUUUUGAGGCGUUUCUUUCGAGAUCUUUUGGACCCUCAGCGAGCGCUUCUUAUUUUACACAGAACACGCUUCAUCCUAGUGGUUUUCUUAUCAAUGUGCUACGUGCUUUCGCCCAUCGAUCUUCUUCCAGAAGCCGUUUUGGGAUUAAUCGGCCUCGUCGACGAUGCUCUGGUUGUGUUCUUCGCUCUCUUCCAAGUUUCCAUGAUCUACAGGCGUUUUCUCGUUCGGCAACAUGGGAAUUACAGCUAAGUUUAGGCCUUUGCUUGCUCUUGCCAAAUUUGUGUAGGUGUUGCAAAUUAAUUGCAAGAAACAGCGUUUGAAAGAGAAGCUUCUCAUCUUUUCUUCAA